AUGUCUCUCGCGGCGUUCAUCGCCGUGGACGACGAGCGCUCGGUCGCCGUCGUGCGAGCGUCGAAAGCGACCGCGGGCGCGUCGGAAACGAGCGAUCUGUCUGAGAUGUGCGCGAGCGCUCUGGACGGACGUUUUUGCUUCCCCGAGCGCGCCGAGGGAGCUGAUGAACCGUCGAGAAGCGCCACGGCGGAAAGGUUUACGUUUUGUCUCACUCGAGCGAACGGUACGCGCGUUCUUGGACGCGUUCGUAGACGAGGACGGAUCGCGUGCGCGGCGCUGAGCGAACGCGCGUGGUUCGAGUACUUCGACGACGCGUUGGCUGGAUGCGAAGACGAGGCUCUGAGGGUGUUGUCGUUGGUGGAAGGAAAUGGUGAAAGUAGUUCGAGCUCGUGUUUGGUGCGAGAGAUAGAUGCGGACACGGCGUUGGGGGAGUAUCUCGAUCGGGCGUUCGGGACGGGGGCGCCGCGAGCGGGCGAGACGCGGAGAGUCGGGAUACCGUGGAGCGCGUUCGCGGGCGUGGCGACGCGGAGCGUGACCCUGACGGCGCCGGACUUGAAGAAGGAGUUUAACGGUGGGAUCAAGUUUACGUCGCUGUUGGAUUGUGGGCACGUGGACGCGGUUUUGGCGCUCUUUGCGGCGCUCGUGACGGAACGCCGCGUCGUGCUCACAGGGAGUCGAUUAGAGUUUGUGAGCGGAGCCGUGCACGCGGCGAACGCGGCGCUUUACCCGUUGUCGUGGCAGCACAUCUUCUUGCCCGUCCUUCCGGAGGGGUUUCUGGAUUAUCUCACGGCGCCGAUGCCAUUUUUGAUUGGCUUGCACUCAUCGCUCGUCUCCGUGAUGAAACGACUUCCGUGCGACGACAUUUUUACAUUGGAUCUGGACACGGGAGAGUUCACAUACUUUGACGAAGAUUUGAGGUCGAUGCCGGCUGGGCCGUUCACGCUCCUCCGAGUCGGGUUGUUGCGAGAGAUGGAGAAGUCACGCGGGCAGGACUCCCAGGCGGUUGCGCAAGUAUUUCGCACGUUUUUCUCCUCCGUCUUAGGGCAGUACAAGCAGCACAUCAAGGGCGUUGUCGCGCACCCACCGCCAAAAGAUGCUAUAAUAUCCGAUAGUCUAUGGCUCGAUCAGGACGAGUUCAUGGCGACCAAGCACGCGGGGAUUCUGGCGGCGAUGCGCGGGACGCAAAUGUACGAAGUCUUCGUGCGACAGCGCCUGAAUAUGUGUGCACAGGUGGCGCGAAAGACUGGGUUCGUCCCACUCGGUGACGAGAUCGUCGACUUUGAUCUGGAAGAACCCGACAUCACGCUAUCGGAUCUCAUGAUGCGCGGACAGGCUUUGGGCGAGCAGUUUGCGUCGGCUUCAUCGCACGCCCUCUCCGAGGCGAGCAGCGUGUUCAAGUCAACCGUGGCCAAGGCGAAGUUGGCUUACAGCUCGUCGAAGACGAUCAAGAACAUGCGUGAGGCGUUCACAUCGAAGAAGAGCGAGCUUGCGGCAUCGAUGAAAAAAUUUAGCAAGAAGAGUUCAGAGGAUUUCGCCGCCAAGUGGGCGGAGUGGACGGAGGGUGACGCGGACGGCUCGAUAGUGAAGAGCUUAUCGUUCGAUGCCGGGCGCGCGUCGCCGACGACGUCGGCACGUAAGGGCGCAGACGUCAUUCAUGGCGCGCCCGCGCCUACGUCUGGAUCGGCGAGCAAACCUUCGCCGUCGGCGUCCGUCGAACAAGCCGAACCCGAGCCGAGCGCGGCGCGCGCGGACGAGGUGACCGACGUUGAUACCGUCGGUAACGCGCUUCGAUCGAUCGACCUCAUGUCGUUCAACGAUGCCGCGGACUAUGCAUCGUCGCCGACACCGUCUAAACGACCGUCGACCGCGCCGACACUCGCCACGCCAAAUUUUCUCGACGACUAG